CUUCCUGUCGCGGCGGCCUCGGCGGCCCCGGGGCCGCGGGAGCCCUGGAUGGUGCCGUGGGGGAGAAGGCCCGGGUCGGUUUCGGAUCCGCCGCGAGGUAUCUAGGCUGCCAAGAUGCCAGGGCCAAGACCUCGGAAGGGCCCUCAGGCCAGUGGCCAGGGUGUGGCAGCUGCCAAGCAGGUCCCAUAAACAGUGACCUCCUGGAGCCUCACUGUGUGCUUCCUAAGAAACCUUCUCUGCCCUCAGCUCGGGCUCUUUGUGGAGUUCAGCCCUGAGGACAUGCUGCUGGGGAUGGAGGAGACUGAAGAUGACGGGGACCUGGAGGCUGAGCUGCUGGCUCUCACUGGGGAAGCAGGGACCACUGGCAGGAAGCCAGAACCCAAGGGGCAGGCCCCGCUGCCUAUGGCCCACAUCGAGAAGCUGGCGGCGGACUGUAUGCGGGAUGUGGAGGAGGAGGAGGAGGAGGAAGGACUGGAGGAGGAUGCAGACUUGCUGACUGAGCUGCAGGAGGUUCUGGGUGCAGAUGAGGAGGCUGGGCCCCUGGAUGGCGAUGAGACAGCCAGCCCUGGUGACUCUGAGGAGAAGGGACAGGACAACAUUGAACUUCCAGUGCAGACAGCUCUCCCAACAACUUCAGUCCCAGCAGUUCAGGCUGGAGGGCCUCGGGGGCUGCAGGCUCUGCUGGAGGAGCGAAUCCACAACUACCGUGAGGCUGCGGUCAGUGCCACGGAGGCAGGUGACGCGGCCAAAGCCAGGCGCUGUGACCGUGGCCUGAAGACUCUGGAGUCCCAGCUGGCUGCUGUGAGGAAAGGCAGGAAGAUCAGUGAGGAUGAGAUCCCACCUCCAGUGGCCUUGGGCAAGAGGCCCCUGGCCCCCCAGGAAACAACCAGCAGGAGGCCUGAAGCAGAACCCCCAGCUCCCCCCUCUGUGGAACCAGACAACCCCUUCCAGCCUGAGACAAGCCUCUUGGACAGCCCUGGUAUUUCUGCCUCGCCCGAUUCUGACCCAGACCCACGGGCCCUGUUGUUGGCCCGACAGAGAGAGUACAAAGUGGCUGCUCUGAAUGCCAAGCGGGCUGGAGACUUAGACCGUGCCCGAGAGCUCAUGAGGAUUGGGAAGAGAUUUGGUGCUGUCCUGGAGGCCUUGGAGAAGGGGAAGCCUGUGGACCUGAGUGCCAUGCCCCCAGCACCUGAGGACCUGAAGCCCCUCCCACAAGCUACCAAGGCCCCUACAGCACCCUCAGUUGCACCCCCAGCAGUGGAGCGAGUACAGCCAGUGAUGGCCUCUGACAUCCCAGCAACCUCAGUGGCCCCUGCUGAGCCACAGACAGUGCUAGACGCCCUGCAGCAGAGGCUGAACAAGUACCGGGAGGCAGGCAUCCAGGCCCGGGGCAGUGGGGAUGAGCGCAAGGCCCGGAUGCAUGAGCGCAUUGCCAAGCAAUAUCAAGAUGCCAUUCGAGCACACCAAGCAGGACGGAAAGUUGACUUUGCUGAGUUGCCUGUUCCUCCAGGAUUCCCCCCCAUACCGGGCCUGGAGCAUACCAUGGAUACAGAGGAAGAUGUAGUGGCAGCUACUUUAGCAGCUGCCCAGAAACUGGCCUCGGAGGAUGCAACCCCAGCAGAGGAAGAGGAGGACCAGGAAGAGGAUGAGCCCCCAGCCCAGGCCCCAGUGGCCAAGAAGCCAGCACAGCCUGUGGUGCCUUCAUCCCGGCCCCCAUCUGAGCCCAAGCCCUCAAGUUCCAAGGAGUCACUGAGUCCAUCUGUACGGGAGCAGCUGACGCUGUUAGAGGCACGUAAACUGCAGUACCAGCGGGCAGCCCUGAAGGCCAAGCGCGCCCAGGACCUGGAGCAGGCCAAAGCCCAUCUGCGGGUGGCCAAAUGCCUUGAGGCCCAGAUCAUCCAGGUCCGAGCUGGGCGACCUGUGGACCUCUCCAAGGUACCUUCACCUUUAACGGAUGAAGAGGGUGACUUCAUCCUGAUCCACCAUGAGGACCUGCGACUCUCCCAGAAGGCUGAGGAGGUAUAUGCCCAGCUGCAAAAAAUGCUUCUGGAGCAGCAUGAGAAGUGUCUGCUGUUCUCCAAGCAGUUCAUGCACCAGGGCAAUGUGGCCGAGACCACCCGGUUUGAGAAGCUUGCUCAGGACCGCAAGAAGCAGCUUGAGAUCCUGCAGCUGGCUCAGGCUCAGGGCCUCGACCCUCCCAACCACCACUUUGAGUUGAAGACAUUCCAAACUGUGAGGAUCUUCGCAGAACUCAACAGCACAGAAAUGCAUCUGAUCAUUGUCCAGGGCAUGAACCUCCCAGCACCUCCAGGGGUGACUCCUGAUGACUUGGAUGCAUUUGUGCGGUUUGAGUUCCACUACCCUAAUUCGGACCAGGCUCAAAAAAACAAAACAACUGUAGUGAAAAACACAAACUCUCCAGAAUUUGAUCAACUCUUCAAGCUAAAUAUCAACCGAAACCACCGGGGAUUCAGGAGGGUGAUUCAAAGCAAAGGAAUCAAGUUUGAAAUCUUCCACAAAGGAUCCUUCUUCAGAAGUGACAAGCUGGUCGGCACAGCCCACCUGAAACUGGAGCGGCUGGAGAAUGAGUGUGAGAUCAGAGAGAUCGUGGAGGUCCUGGAUGGAAGGAAGCCCACUGGCGGCAAGCUGGAGGUGAAGGUGAGGCUGCGGGAGCCUCUGAGUGGCCAGGACGUACAGAUGGUCACCGAGAACUGGCUGGUCCUGGAGCCCAGGGGCCUGUGAGGUGGGCAGCUCCCUGGGCCCUUAGACCCACCCUCUACGCCCUGCUCACUGCCUGGGCCCCACAUGGACCCUUACAGCAUCCAACUCAUAUCUAAGGAAAAAGCCUAGAAAUUUCUCUUCUGUGAGGAAGAUCAAGGGGCAGAGCUGUCAGGUGCGCCUCGGGCGGAGUGUCUCACAAUCUUCACAACUAGGGAGGGGCGUUAACCCGUCUUCAGGAAAUCCUUUCUGAAAUCUAUGUGUACAUUCACUGCAAUUUAGACUUAAUUUCCUAUGCUUUGUGCCCUGUGCAAAAGAGGGUCAAAGUUGAGAGAGGGGUCAGGCCAGCAACUCCUCUCCAGCAUUUUUUCCCAGCUUUACUGGCCACAGAAGCCUCUGUACAUAAAGGAGAUGCUGCUACACAAGCACCAAA